UUACUUUGACUAGAUUUUUGUUUUGAGUUUUUUGUUUUGAGUUUUCCUUUUAUUUAUAUAUAUUUUUGUACUAAAGUUUUUAUUUUCUAAAAUUAUUAUUUUUUUUAUUAAUGUUAUACUUUCCAUAUGUGUGUAUUCAUGCUGAAGUAAUGAACUUCACGAAAUUUCGUUUGAAUCAUUUUUGUUUAAAUAUCUAAAAUGUAGAGGAACUUUUCUUUGAGUACCUGUUUGGGGAGGGAGUGUCAUCAGCGGGGCACAUCCGGGGUUUCUCAUCGUGCAUUUUGCGUUGGCCUCAGUUUCACUACAUGAGGUUGGUGGACGCAUGCACGUGCGGUCCUCCCUAUAAACAACACUGGUAUGUUGAUGUUUUUUUGCCUCAAUGUGUAUAUUUGUCAUUGGAUGAAUGUAAUUAAAAUUGUGUCAACAUUCAAUAGUAUUAGCUGCAACAAGGAUGUACUGUUUAAUGUGAUUUUGUGUAAGUAGUCAGUAUAAUUGUGGCGCUAACUAAUUAGCAUUGUGUGCUAAUACUAUAGUGUGUCAGAGUGGGAGGAGCUGCUACCCCGUUUUGACCUGAUAAUUUCUCCUUACCAACAGAUUAAAAUACCAGAUCUCAUCAUAAAGUGGUCGUGUGGUCUUUGUGCGUGAGGGUAUCCAUUCCAGACAUGUUACAUAAAUUUGGUGCCGUGACCCGGAUGCACUAGAUCCGCUGCAGCUGGUCGCUGGGGUUCAACGACGUAGGAUCACAACGCAGAAAACGACGUCCGAAGCAUUUUCAUCAUUGACAUUCCGGUAUCAGUGUCUGGACAUUGACAGUAAUUCAGUAAUUGAACUCAGUCAUUGAAAUCUCACUUCACCACACCACAUAUUGGACUUUCUAUCCAUUUGUUUCCCGUUUUUGCCUUCAUUUGACUUAAAGCAUAUGAUAACUGUGAAGAUAUUUUUUUGUGCGUGUGUAUGUUUUCCAUUGUAACUACUUACCACUGGUAUUAUGGCAGAAGGAGGGUUUAAUGGAAGUUUUGUAACACCUCACAUUGGCAGGGGUCGAGGCGUUCUUGGAGUUGACGAGCCUAAAGUUGGUAAACCGCGCAUGUUGGUUUAUGAUUCUGCGACUGCUUCGUUUCCGCCCUACACCAAGAUAAACGAACCAAAGUCAUCCACGCCUGCCAAUGUUGGUUGUGACAAUGUUACACAGCAACUACGUGAUCUCAUUGGUGAGCUUGGAAGUCAAAUAGGCGAUUCUAUUGUUACGCGUUUGUUGACAAACCAAGCCUCAAUAUUACCUGAUCCCGCUCCAUCGUCUGAGCAGCUUCCAUCAAUGACAAUGCCUUUAUCACCGAAUCUUGAUCUGUCCAAGCUAAACCUUAUAGUCAAAGCUGACAUUAAAGACCCACAAAUGUUCAGAGGGGAUGGUAGUGAUAAGUGUACCAUCCUGGAGUGGAUUGAACAGAUGGAAGUAUUUCUGUCCAAAAAGGGCUGCAACAAGGCAGACAGCGUAGAAGAGAUACUUAAUCACCUUUGUGGUAGGGCAAAGAGCAUUGUUAAGGUUAAGCUAAAAAGCAGCUCGGCUGCAGUACUCUGCCCUGAAGUUGUUUACGAGGUACUGCGUCGCUAUUUUAGUGAGAGCCCUGGCUCAUGCCAGCCGUUAGCUGAUUUUUAUGCGACACAGCCAAAACACAAUGAGUGCCCUGUUGACUAUUGGGUCAGGUUGAAUGAAGUAGCCGAGCUAGCAGAUGCUCACCUGAAAAGAUGUGGUGGUAAGAUGGAGAAUAUGAGUUCGGAGAUUGUAAUGAUGUUUAUCCGGAACUGCCCUAAUUCUGACCUUGCCAGUGUCUUUAGAUGUAAGCCCAUAAGCAAAUGGUCCGCCGAAGAGGUCCAAGAGGCCAUUGAUGAGCAUGAAAGGGACUUUAGGUCUCGUAGGCAGCUUCCUUCUGCAUUUAAAGCUGCAGUAAACCAGGCUGCUGUUGUUAAAGGACCUGUGAGCACUCAGGUAACAGUAGGAAGUGAAGAUGUAGGUGUAAACUCUGCAGCAUGUGCUGCAAGCCCACACCCUAAAACAAACGAAUCUGUGGAAUCUGGCACUUUGGAGCGUGUGUUAAAGAUGUUAGAGAGGGUGCUCGAGCGCACCACCUUACCUGCUCCAGGACCAGAGCCUCAACCGACUCAGUGGUAUCGAGCUUCCCAAUGUGCAGUAUGUGGAGACAGAUCUCAUUCAACCCGUUCGCACUGCAUGAGGGAAAAGAGAUGUCUUAAUUGUUUAGAGUUUGGGCAUCAGCGUAAGCAGUGUCACAGGGCUGCUGGGCAAGACAUGGCCCAAGCCAAUGACGAUCAGGGAAACUAG